AUGCCUUCCGACCCAAAACGCAACACGCGCUUCGGCACCAAGAGGUUGCAUGAUGACGGCACGGAUAUGGCGCUUCCUGGAUCGCCGAACAAGAAGGUGAAGUCGGCCAGUGACAGCGCAGACAAAGCCGGACGCAGUGACCAUGGAGUUCUUACACCUCCACCUUCGUCUCCCAUUGCACCCUCCUCUCCUAUCUGGGAAAACAGCACUACGGAGAUCCCGUCAACUGCAGACACACCAAUCAGCACCUCCUCGUCGACUGGCAGUUUGGAUACUGCAAGCGAUGCCCCUUCUGGGGCUGCUCCAGACACCGUUCAGGUUCCCCCCCUUGAUAGGAAUGUCAGCAGUGGCGUCCUGCUCAGCAGUCAGUGCAACGCAGAAUGGCCGCUGAGUCUUCGGGAACAAAUGAAGAAAAUCGUCACAUCCUCUGAUGAACUUAAGAUGCGCUACAACAUUUCGGCCAUGCCUACCGAAGGUAUGGCUUGGGUGUCUCUUGGGAAAGACACAUACACGCAGCACCUUGGGAUCAACAACGAACCUUUACGGUUCUGGAUUGUUGGGGAGGUGGUCCGCACGGGUACAUGGCUCAUUGGUAAGAAUGGACAACUUCCCAGCGGCAUUGCCAUUCGCAUACGCCCCAUCCAUAUCGGCGAAUAUGACAAAUGGGAGGCGUUCAUGAAAGCCUUUGGGGGCGUUGAAGUCCAGUCUUCAGCUUACCCGGAGCCGAAGGGCACGCUCAUUGCCCGAAAGCAGAUGACUUAUUGGACGAAGUCACAACGUUCGGUCGCCCCGUUCAACGACUUCUACGAUGCUACAGCGUCCUUUAAGACUUACAGCAGCAUGGAAAAGUGGCCUACUUCCAGCGUGGGAGCCAAUGACGUUGUCCUGCUAGAAGUCCACCUCACUCGCUGGAUGUGUGAGGAGGACGGGAAAGGGAAGUACAAAGGGGAGUGGAAGGAUUCCAAGUUUCACCGCGUAGGCUUUGAGCUGUGCGCGGCAUCAAUGCUGUUUAUUGGCCCAGAUGAGCCUGUGCCAGACGCACAUGGACCGGGCGGCAGCGAGAACUUCGAAUUCUAG